AUGGAAGACGCCGACCACGAGCUCGUCCAUGUGCCCGAGACCAAGCCCAAGAAGAAGCGCAGAAUAAUCAAGACAAGCGACAAGAAGUACGAGUGUCCGCAGCCAGACUGCGGCAAGUCGUACUCUCGCGCGGAGCAUCUGUAUAGACAUCAACUGAAUCACACGCCCAAGCAGAUAUACCAUUGCGACUUCCCCGGCUGUGACCGGCGCUUCGUGCGCGCCGAUCUGUGCGCAAGACACAAGGAGCGCCAUACGGCCAAGGGAUCUCAUCUCCAGCGCAAGGAUGCCUUCUUGCAGAGUCAACGGCAGCAAGCCGGCCAACACGCAACUCGACGCUCCGAGUCUGCAACGUCGGGAGCAACGACCAACAUUUCUUCAUCCAUGGCUCCUCCAACCCCGACACCAAUCGCGAAUCGACGGUAUAGUAUCGAAGGACAGCUCAAUAAUCGACCGACGUCAAUGGGAAGCAGUUACAACCCACAAUCCAUGACUCAGAUUGCGAUACAUCCGUCACAAGCAUCGCAGCAACCGGCCAAUAACAUGUACGGCCAGCAAAGCUAUCCACCUCCAGGCCAGGACUAUCGACAACCGAACCAAAAUAACUACGGAUCGAUUCCAGCACUGCCACCGUUCGGAAUGCCGCCACCCUACACGAAUAGAUCCAGUGCCAUGUCGCCGCCGUCACUGAACUCGCAAGAUCAAUUUGGAAUGACGACCUCGCGCGCUGCUGGCAGUGUCAUGGGUGAAUUCAACAUCCUGGACCAGUACGCGGCUGGAUAUGCCAUGCCUGUGUUCGGUAACGAGGGUUUCAAUCGAUCGCCACAGUCCGCUCUAACCCUGGACGAUGCGCUAUUCAAUCAAUUACUGGAGAGCAAUGGAAUGGUCUUGGAUGUCCCGUCACCGCCCCGGGAAACUACCAUGGACUUAAGCUUGAGGGAAAGCAUCAUCACCGAGCACAAGCAGAAUCGCAUGAUCAAUAUGGUUCGCUCUUUUGAGGACAUUGAGAAGAUGCCAGGCCGGAAAGUCAAGGAAGACAUCAUGUCUGGUGAUACAAACGAACCAAAUCAUCCUCUAAGCGUUAAUAUGUUGCGAACAUACAUCACCAGCUACUGGAUACACAUCCACCAACAGAUGCCCAUCCUUCACCGUCCGACCUUCAAUCCAGAAACCUGUCCCGACGCUCUUCUCCUUUCAAUGAUGUGUCUGGGCGCAUGCUGUCUGGAGAGAACGCACUCUCCUGACCAGAUUAAGAAUUGUGCUGAGCUGGCAUUCUUUGCCGCUUACCACAUCCGAUGGGAAGUCUUUAGAGAUCCAGAGUUUCGACCUACCGCGAAAUUGUGGACUUUCCAGACCAUGCUUCUGCUAGAAUUGUUCGAAAAGAUGUACAGCACUCGCGCACUGCACGAAAGAGCACAUAUCCAUCACGCCACGACCCUGACGGUGAUGCGACGAGGAUCAUCACUGAUCGGUCGCAGCGCCAACGACACUCCAGCGGGCACCUCCGACCCAACUCGAACGCCACCUGGACCAGAGGGCAGCAUCAACACAAGCGGUCAAAACACACCCGACGCGUUUUGGAACCGUUGGAUCACGGCUGAAGCUACAAGGCGCGUUGCGUUUGCCGCAUUCAUCAUUGACUCGACGCAUGCGACGCUCUUCGGACACUCGGCUGUCAUGUCGCCGCACGAUCUUCGCCUGCCUCUCCCGUGCGACGAGGCCUUGUGGGCGGCUACGAGCAGUGCCGAAGUGCAGCGGGUGGAGGCGAGCCUUGCUGCGAACGGGUUCAAGCCAACGAGCUUCCUCGAAGGGCUCAAGAAAACACUCAACGGCCAGAAGGUUCGAACCAAUGUCUUUGGGCGUGUCAUCCUUAUGGCAGGGCUGUUGAACGUCAGCUGGCACAUGAACCAACGAGACCUGCAGGUAUCAUCGCUGGGUGCGUCGAGCACGCUCGGCAGUGCCACACGCUGGCGCUCUCCUCUCACUCGUGCAUUUGACUUCUGGCGGCGGGAUUUCGACGAUAGCUUGUCUAGAAAUGAUGUCUGGCUGCAAGUGUACAACGCACAGACCAACAAGUCCACGUGCCAUGCGGAUCACCGCGAUAAUGUGUUCGAGUCGCGGACCUGCUUGCACAGCCUAGCGCACAUGGCCAUGCAUGUCGACAUCGUGGACUGCGAAGUGUUCGCAGGCUCCGACCGUGCGCUUGGACGAGUGGUGACCGAGUCGGAUCGGGCAGCAGUGCAGCGUCGCAUGCGUGAGCAAUGGGCGCCAAGUGCAAGGGCACGAGAUGCGACAUUCUACGCGCUGCGAUUCUUGUGCGAAGUUCUGGUACCCCAGGAGGCUCUGGAGAAGAAUGACAACGCACCAUCUUCGCCACCGCCGACGUUCAAGUACAGUGCCAGAGACGACUACUUGCUGAAUCGACCAUACGUUCUCUAUUUCGCGUGCAUGAUUGUCUGGUCAUAUGGCUAUGCACUCGACGGGCCAGUCGGUACUGCCAAUUUCACGCUGACAGCACGCGAUGAACAGAUCCGCGAUCUGCAACGUUAUUUGAUCCGUGUUGGUGGCAUCGCGAGUCCGGAUGAUCUUGAAGGUCUGCCAGACCGCAGUUCCUGUUUGGGUCUGCUUAUUUUGAUGCGCGAGUGUUUUCGACAACCUCGAUGGGAGCUUUUGCAUGAGGCGAGUGACAUGAUGAACCGUUGUGUGCAGCUGCUCUUACCUGGGAGUCCAGAGAUGAGCACGCGCGCAGCAUGA